GCCGCCGCCGCCGCGGUCGGACCAGCGGCCUCCUCCCCUCCCCUCCCCUCCCGCGCGUCGCCCUGCCGCGGGGAGGGGGCUCGCGUCGCCGUUUCCAGCCGCUCCUGAUGAAGCAGCUGCCGCCGCAGCCACCUCCGAAGAUGGGGGAUUUCUACGACCCCGAGCACCCGACCCCUGAGCUUUCUUGGCUGGAUGGCAAUAGAGAAGAAGAAAGUGAGGCAAAGAUUGAAAAUGUGCAGAAAACAGGUUUCAUCAAAGGACCAAUGUUCAAAGGUGUUGCUUCUAGUCGAUUUUUACCCAAAGGCACCAAGACUAAAGUUAAUUUGGAGGAACAGGGACGACAGAAGGUGUCUUUCAGUUUCAGCCUUACAAAGAAAACUUUGCAGAACAGGUUUCUGACUGCACUUGGCAAUGAAAAGCAAAAUGAUACUCCAAACUCCCCAGCUGGACCUCUUCAAGUAGACUUGACCCCUAAAAUUAAAAUGGACAUUGGAGAUACCUUAUCUACUACCGAAGAAUCUUCCCCACCAAAAUCAAGGGUAGAAUUGGGCAAAAUUCAUUUUAAGAAACAUCUGCUUCAUGUGACAUCCAGGCCACUGCUGACACCUGGCACAGCAGUGACCUCUCCACCUCCUCCCAUAGCACCAUUACCAGCAGUCAUAGCAGAAUCAACAAUUGUAGACUCACCACCCUCAUCUCCACCUCCACCACCUCCACCUCCUCAGGCCACAACACCCUCACCACCAGCACCAGUAACAGAGCCAGUGGCCUUGCCACACACACCAAUCCCAGUUCUGAUGACAGCACCAGUAGAUGUAGCAGUUAGAGCACUGAAGGAACCACCAGUUACAACUGUACCAGAAUCUUCAGAAGUGGACACUAAGCAGGAGGCUGCUGUAUCUAAUAGUUCAGAAGAACACAUAACUCAAAAUUUGAAUGAGCAAGUAGAUAUUCCCUCACAAAAAGAGGAUUCCCAUAUUGGGAAGGAAGAAGAAAUUCCAGAUAGUUCUAAGAGUAAUCUGGGCUCCAAAAAAACAGGUUCUAAGAAGAAAUCCUCGCAAUCUGAAGGCACCUUUCUUGCUUCAGAAUCUGAUGAAGAUUCUGUACGGACUUCCUCAAGUCAAAGAUCACAUGAUUUAAAAUUUUCAGCAAGCAUUGAAAAGGAAAGAGAUUCAAAAAAGAGCUUAGCACCUUUAAAAAAUGAGGAUUUAGGGAAAUCUUCACGGUCUAAAACAGAGAGAGAUGAUAAAUAUUUUAGCUACUCAAAACUUGAAAGAGAUACUCGGUAUAUAUCUUCUCGAUGUAGAUCAGAGAGAGAGCGAAGGCGGAGCAGAUCUCGUUCCAGGUCUGACAGAGGCUCUAGAACUAGUUUAUCCUAUUCCCGGUCGGAGCGAUCCCAUUAUUACGACUCUGAUCGUCGCUAUCAUCGGAGUUCCCCUUAUCGAGAAAGGGCACGCUAUUCUCGGCCAUAUACAGAUAACAGAGCUCGAGAGAGUUCUGACUCAGAAGAGGAGUAUAAGAAGACCUACUCAAGGCGUACCUCCUCUCAUUCCUUCUCUUACAGAGACCUAAGGACAUCAUCAUCCUAUUCUAAAUCUGAUAGGGACUGCAAAACUGAGUCCUCUUACUUAGAGAUGGAGAAGAGAGGAAAGUAUUCUUCCAAAUUAGAAAGAGAAUCAAAAAGGACUUCAGAAAAUGAAGCAAUGAAAAGAUGUUGUUCUCCCCCUAAUGAACUGGUAUUCCGACGGGGGUCAUCCUAUUCCAAGCAUGAUAACAGUGCUUCCCGUUACAAAUCUACCCUUUCAAAAUCUAUAUCCAAGUCUGAUAAAUUUAAAAAUUCUUUCUGUUGUACAGAAUUAAAUGAGGAAAUCAAACCGUCUCAUUCUUCUAAUUUACAGGCUCCUUGUUCAAAAGGUAGUGAUUUAAGAAUGAUUAGUAAAAUUCCUGAAAGAGAAAAGACUGGGUCUCCCUCUCCAUCAAAUCGAUUAAAUGAUUCACCUACUUUUAAAAAGCUAGAUGAAUCACUUAUUUUUAAAUCUGAAUUUAUAGGACAUGAUAGCCAUGGUAGUAUUAAGGAAUUAGACUCUUUAUCUAAGGUGAAGAAUGAUCAAUUAAGAAGUUAUUGCCCCAUAGAAUUAAAUAUAAAUGGAUCUCCUGGAGCAGAAUCUGAUUUGGCAGCAUUUUGCACUUCUAAAGCUGACACUGUUUUGAUGUCGUCUGAUGAUAGUGUGACUGGAUCGGAGGUGUCCCCUUUGGUCAAAGGAUGCAUGCUUCCAUCAAAUGGAUUUCAGAAUGUUAAUAGAUGUAAAGAAAAAGACUCGGAUGAUAGUGGCAUGCUGCAUAGUAAGUCAGGAAGCCCAUUUAGAGAAGCAGAACCUCUGGUGCCACCACACCAAGAUAAACUUAUGUCUUUGCCGGUUAUGACUAUAGAUUAUUCUAAAACUGUAAUUAAAGAACCAGUCGAUAUGACAGUUUCUUGCUGUAAAACCAAAGAUUCAGAUAUAUGCUGUACUUCAAAUGACAAGAACCCUUCAUUGCAUCAUUCUGAAGCUGAAAAGAUUGAGCCUUCAGUUAUGAAGAUUUCUUCAAAUAGCUUUAUGAAUGUGCAUUUGAAAUCAAAAACAGUUAUAUGUGAUAAUAGAAAUCUGACAGAUCAGCACUCAAAAUUUGCAUGUGAAGAAUAUAAGCAGAAUGUUGGUAGCACUAGUUCGGCUUCUGUUAACCAUUUUGAUGAUUUAUAUCAACCUAUUGAGAGUUCAGUCAUUGCUUCAUCUCUUCCAAGUCUUCCACCAGGAAUAAAAGUGGACAGUUUAACUCUGUUGCAAUGCGGAGAGAACACAUCUCCGGUUUUGGAUGCUGUGCUAAAGAGUAAAAGCACAGAGUUUUUAAAGCAUGCAGAGGAAGAAACAGUAGCAGAAGUAGGUAGCGGCCUGCCUGAUUCAGGAAGAGGAUUUGCUUCUUGGGAAAAUAGGCAUAAUAAUGGGUUGUCUGGGAAAUGUGUGCAAGAGGCUCAAGAAGAAGGGAAUUCCAUAUUUCCUGAUAGAAGAGGAAGAGCUGAAAUCUCUUUAGAUGAAGAAGGAGGAAGAGGACAUGUGCAUACCUCUGAUGAUUCAGAAGUUGUAUUUUCGUCUUGUGACUUGAAUUUAACCAUGGAAGACAGUGAUGGUGUAACGUACACCUUAAAAUGUGACAGUAGUGGGCAUGCCUCAGAGAUUGUAUCUACUGUCCAUGAAGAUUAUUCUGGUUCUUCUGAAAGUUCAAGUGAUGAAAGUGACUCUGAAGAUACAGAUUCUGAUGAUAGCAGUAUUCCAAGAAACCGUCUUCAGUCUGUUGUGGUAGUGCCAAAGAAUUCUACUUUGCCCAUGGAAGAAACCAGUCCUUGUUCUUCUCGAAGUAGUCAGAGUUACAGACACUAUUCUGACCACUGGGAAGAUGAGAGAUUGGAGCCAAGGAGACAUUCAUAUGAGGAAAAAUUCGAGAGUGUAGCAAGCAAACCCUGUUCUCAAACCGAGAAGUUCUUCCAUCAUAAAGGGACAGAGAAGAAUCUGGAAGUUUCUUUCUCACAGCCUAGCAGAAAACAAAUAGAUAACCACCUAUCUGAAAUUGCUCAUCCUCAGAGUGAUGGGGUUGAUAGUACAAGUCAUACAGAUGUGAAAUCUGACUUUCUAGGUCAUCCAAAUUCUGAGGAAACCACAAAAGCCAAAAUAGCUUCUAGGCAGCAGGAGGAGCUGCCAGUUUAUUCUUCUGAUGAUUUUGAAGAUGUCCCAAGUAAGUCUCGGCAACAGAUCACUUUCCCUAACAGGCCGGAUAGUCGACUGGGAAAAACAGAGUUGAAUUUUUCUUCUUCUUGUGAGCGAGUGGAUGGUUUCCGUUCAUCAGAAGAGCUCCGAAACCUAGGGUGGGAAUUCUCUCAACAAGAAAAGCCUACUACCACGUAUCAACAACCUGACAGCAGCUAUGGAGCCUGUGGCGGACACAAGUAUCAGCAAAGUGCAGAGCAUUAUGGUGGGACACGUAAUUACUGGCAAGGCAAUGGCUACUGGGAUCCAAGAUCAGCAGGUAGACCUCCUGGAACUGGGGUUGUGUAUGAUCGAAUUCAAGGGCAGGUACCAGAUUCCUUAACAGAUGACCGUGAAGAGGAGGAGAAUUGGGAUCAACGUGGAGGAUCUCAUUUUUCAACGCAGUCCAGUAAGUUUUUUCUGUCCCUUCAGAAGGACAAGGGGUCAGUGCAAGCACCUGAAAUAAGCAGCAAUUCCGUUAAGGAGUCUUUAACUGUGAAUGAAAAGAAAGAUCUUUCAAAAAACUUAGAAAAAAAUGAUAUGAAAGAUAGAGGCCCUCCAAAAAAAAGGAGACAGGAAUUGGAGAGUGAUUCUGAAAGUGAAGGUGAACUUCAGGACAGAAAGAAAGUUCGAGUGGCGGUAGAGCCAGGGGAAACAGCAGUGCCUCCGGGCUCAGCCCUGGUUGGGCCUUCUUGUGUCAUGGAGGACUUCAGGGACCCACAGCGAUGGAAAGAAUAUGCCAAGCAAGGGAAGAUGCCUUGUUACUUCGAUCUGAUUGAAGAAAAUGUUUAUUUAACAGAAAGAAAGAAGAAUAAAUCCCAUCGGGAUAUUAAGCGAAUGCAGUGUGAGUGUACACCUCUUUCUAAAGAUGAAAGAGCUCAAGGUGAAAUAGCAUGUGGGGAAGAUUGUCUUAAUCGUCUCCUCAUGAUUGAAUGUUCUUCUCGGUGUCCAAAUGGGGAUUAUUGUUCCAAUAGACGGUUUCAGAGAAAACAGCAUGCAGAUGUGGAAGUCAUACUCACAGAAAAGAAAGGCUGGGGCUUGAGAGCUGCCAAAGACCUUCCUUCGAACACCUUUGUGCUAGAAUAUUGUGGAGAAGUACUUGAUCAUAAAGAGUUUAAAGCCCGGGUAAAGGAGUAUGCACGGAACAAAAACAUCCACUACUAUUUCAUGGCCCUGAAGAAUGAUGAGAUAAUAGAUGCCACUCAGAAAGGAAACUGUUCUCGUUUCAUGAAUCACAGCUGUGAACCAAACUGUGAAACUCAAAAAUGGACUGUGAACGGACAACUGAGGGUCGGGUUUUUUACCACCAAACUGGUUACUUCAGGCUCAGAGUUAACAUUUGACUAUCAGUUCCAAAGAUACGGAAAAGAAGCUCAGAAAUGUUUCUGUGGGUCAGCUAAUUGCCGAGGUUACCUGGGAGGAGAGAACAGAGUCAGUAUCAGAGCAGCAGGAGGAAAAAUGAAGAAGGAGAGGUCCCGUAAGAAGGAUUCAGUGGAUGGAGAGCUAGAAGCUCUGCUGGAGAACGGUGAGGGUCUCUCUGAUAAAAACCAGGUGCUCAGCUUAUCCCGGCUAAUGGUUAGAAUUGAAACCUUGGAACAGAAACUUACCUGUCUUGAGCUUAUACAGAACACACAUUCACAGUCUUGCCUGAAGUCUUUUCUGGAACGUCAUGGGCUGUCUUUGUUGUGGAUUUGGAUGGCAGAACUAGGUGAUGGCCGGGAAAGUAACCAGAAGCUUCAGGAAGAGAUUAUAAAGACUUUGGAACACUUACCCAUUCCUACUAAAAAUAUGUUGGAGGAAAGCAAAGUACUUCCAAUUAUUCAACGCUGGUCUCAGACCAAAACUGCCAUUCCUCAGUUGAGUGAAGGAGAUGGAUAUUCAAGUGAGAAUACAUCACGUGCUCACACACCACUCAACACACCUGAUCCUUCCACCAAGCUGAGCACAGAAGCUGACACAGACACACCCAAGAAGCUCAUGUUUCGGAGACUUAAAAUUAUAAGUGAAAAUAGCAUGGACAGUGCUAUCUCUGAUGCUACCAGUGAGUUGGAAGGCAAGGACGGCAAAGAGGACCUUGACCAGUUAGAAAACGUCCCUGUAGAAGAAGAGGAAGAGUUACAGUCACAGCAGCUACUCACACAACAGCUACCUGAAUCUAAAGUUGAGAGUGAAAUCACUGUGGAAGCCAGUAAGCUACCCACAUCUGAACCAGAGGCUGACACUGAAAUAGAGCCCAAAGAGGGCAAUGGCCCGAAACUGGAAGAAACCAUUGCUGAGGAAACGCCGUCCCAGGAUGAAGAGGAGGGUGUAUCUGAUGUGGAGAGUGAGAGGAGCCAGGAACAGCCAGAUAAAACAGUAGAUAUAAGUGAUUUGGCCACCAAGCUCCUGGAUAGUUGGAAAGACCUAAAGGAGGUAUAUCGAAUUCCAAAGAAAAGUCAAACUGAAAAGGAGAACACAAUAACUGACCGAGGAAGGGAUGCUGUUGGCUUCAGAGAUCAAACAGCUGCCCCAAAGACUCCUAACAGGUCAAGAGAGAGAGACCCAGACAAGCAAACUCAAAAUAAAGAGAAAAGGAAACGAAGGGGCUCUCUCUCACCACCUUCUUCUGCCUAUGAGCGGGGAACAAAAAGGCCAGAUGACAGAUAUGAUACACCAACUUCUAAAAAGAAAGUACGAAUUAAAGACCGCAAUAAACUUUCUACAGAGGAGCGUCGGAAGUUGUUUGAGCAAGAGGUGGCUCAGCGGGAGGCUCAGAAACAACAGCAGCAGAUGCAGACGCUGGGAAUGACGUCUCCACUGCCCUAUGACUCUCUUGCUUACAAUGCCCCUCAUCACCCCUUUGCCGGCUACCCACCAGGUUAUCCCAUGCAGGCCUAUGUGGAUCCCAGCAACCCUAAUGCUGGGAAGGUGCUCCUUCCCACACCCAACAUGGACCCUGUUUGUUCUCCUGCUCCUUACGAUCAUUCUCAGCCCUUGGUGGGACAUUCUACAGAGCCCCUUGCUGCCCCUCCACCCGUGCCAGUGGUGCCCCAUGUGGCAGCCCCUGUGGAAGUUUCCAGUUCACAGUAUGUGGCCCAAAGUGAAGGUGUGGUACAUCAAGACUCCAGCGUCACCGUCUUGCCAGUGCCAGCCCCAGGCCCAGUCCAAGGACAGAAUUAUGGUGUUUGGGAUUCAAACCAACAGUCAGUCAGUGUCCAGCAGCAGUAUUCUCCUGCACAGUCUCAAGCAACCAUAUAUUAUCAAGGACAGACUUGCCCAACUGUCUAUGGUGUGACGUCACCCUAUUCACAGACAACUCCACCAAUUGUACAGAAUUAUGCCCAGCCAAGUCUUCAGUAUAUCCAGGGACAGCAGAUUUUCACAGCUCAUCCACAAGGAGUGGUGGUCCAGCCAGCCGCGGCCGUGACGACAAUAGUUGCACCAGGGCAACCUCAGCCCUUACAGCCACCUGAAAUGGUAGUGACAAAUAAUCUUCUGGAUCUGCCACCCCCCUCUCCUCCCAAACCCAAAACCAUCGUCUUACCUCCCAACUGGAAGACAGCCCGAGAUCCAGAAGGGAAGAUUUAUUACUACCAUGUGAUCACAAGGCAGACUCAGUGGGAUCCUCCUACUUGGGAAAGCCCAGGAGAUGAUGCCAGCCUUGAGCAUGAAGCUGAGAUGGACCUGGGAACCCCAACAUAUGAUGAAAAUCCCAUGAAGACCUCAAAAAAGCCUAAGACGGCAGAAGCGGACACCUCCAGUGAGCUGGCUAAGAAAAGCAAAGAAGUAUUCAGAAAAGAGAUGUCGCAGUUCAUCGUCCAGUGCCUGAACCCUUACCGGAAACCCGACUGCAAAGUGGGAAGGAUCACCACAACUGAAGACUUCAAACACCUCGCUCGCAAGCUGACCCACGGCGUGAUGAACAAGGAGCUGAAGUACUGUAAGAACCCUGAGGACCUGGAGUGCAAUGAGAACGUGAAACACAAAACCAAGGAGUACAUUAAGAAGUACAUGCAGAAGUUUGGGGCUGUUUACAAACCCAAAGAGGACACUGAAUUAGAGUGACUUGUGGGGCCAGGGUGGGAGGAUAGGUGAGCAGGUGGGACAGGCUCGGCAGAAGUACCCUGCGGGCCCGCUGCCCCCCCCCCCCCCC